AUGGGCGAGUCUAGCAACACGAUGGCUUACAUUAAGAGAGAGCCAGAAGAUAAUUUGGAGACCAACGUGAAAGAUGAUAUGGAGACCAAUGUGAAAGAUGAUAUGGAGACCAAAGUGAAUCUCUUGCUUGAGACAAUGCAAGGAUUGGCUCUUCGUCUUCAACAAAUCGAGGCAAAGGUGGAUAUGUUGGCGAAAAAGGCUGAUUUAGAGGCGGCUUUUAACUCACAUGAGGGAAAGCAAGUUCCUUCUAAGAAGCCUAUUGCUAGAGCACUUUUUAAAGACGAAGAUCCUGAUGAGGAAGAUGACAAACCUCCCAAGAAAAAGGCUGAAACAUAUGCCAAUAAUACUCCUAAUGGUGGUAGUGGAGGUCGUCCUUUCCACGAUGGUCCUUCUCCUCCUCACUUCCAUCCUGGCAGAGGAGGUCGUCCUUGGCCUUCCAACUUCCGCAAACGUGGUGGAAGAGGUCGUCCUUCUUCUAAAUUCCGCGAUGGUGGCAGUGGAGAUCCAUAUUGGCCUUUUAACUUCGGCGAUGGUAGCAGGGGAGGUCCUCCUAGGCCUUUUAACUUCCCUGAUGGUAAUAGUUUAGGUCCUUGGUCUUAUAACAACCGUUGUGGUGGUCAAGGCUUUUGUGGCUACUGUUGA